AUUUCUUCCGUACGCCGUAGGAUAUGUCGUGUUCCGUCAUCAUCUUCCCGCGGGUGUGCGACGCCGCCCGCAGUAUUCUCCGCCGCAUGCAAAUUCCCCGUGGUGGCCUCCCUCCUCCAACUCUGUCGCCCGUCUCCCACGCCAAGACUUGUUUCUCAUCUCAUCUCAUCGUGUGUUAACUCGAGUCGACGAACAGCGAAGCAGCUUGAGGUUUCCACCACCCGUGAAGUAGGGUAAAAGAAUCCGGACAUAUCUUUCAGGUUGGAUUUGGAUCUGAUGUUGAGGAGAGCGAUUCGUAGCUAUGGAGGAACGUUCGCGAGAGCAAUUGGAUCGGCAGGCGGUGCAUAUGGGGGAAUACCGAAGGAGACGGCGGAUGUGGUGGUGAUUGGGGCCGGUGUGGUGGGGAUUGCAGUGGCGAGGGAAUUGGCUUUGAGGGGAAGAGAGGUGUUGGUGGUGGAGGCCGCAUCGACGUUUGGGACUGGAACUAGUUCUAGAAACAGUGAGGUCAUCCAUGCCGGGAUCUAUUACCCUCCCAAAAGCCUCAAGGCUAGUCUUUGUGUAAAAGGAAGGAAAUUGCUCUACAAGUAUUGUUGUGAACGAGGAAUCCCCCAUAGGCAGACUGGUAAAAUAAUCGUGGCCACAAGUUUUGCAGAGAUUCCAAAGUUGGAACAUCUGCUAAGGAGUGGGAAAGAGAAUGGCAUUGAAGAUCUGAGGUUGAUGGAGGGCUUUCAAGCUAUGCAGAUGGAACCAGAACUUCAGUGCGUCAAGGCUUUGCUAUCUCCUAGUUCUGGCAUAGUUGACUCUCACUCAUUCAUGCUCUCUUUGGUGGGAGAGGCUGAGAAUUCUAGGACUACAUUCUCAUACAAUACUACUGUCAUUGGUGGACAUAUUGAAGACAGUUUUCUCCAUCUCCACAUUUAUGAAAGCAAGGGUUUACAAAAUGGCACCAACGAUGCUCAGUUGCUGCCUCAGUUUGUACUGAUACCUAGGCUUGUAAUUAAUGCAGCAGGCCUUUGUGCUGUUCCUCUUGCAAAGAGAUUUCAUGGCAUUAACCAAGGAAUUCUUCCUAUUGCUUAUUAUGCUCGUGGUUGCUAUUUCACUCUUUCUAAAACCAAAACUCCUUUCAGCCACUUGAUUUAUCCACUACCAGAAGAUGGAGGACUUGGAGUGCAUGUGACACUGGACUUGAUUGGCAUUGUUAAAUUUGGGCCUGAUGUUGAAUGGAUUGAUGGUGUAGAUGAUAUAUCUUGCUUCACUAAUAGAUUUAACUAUUGUGUCAGCUCGGAUCGAUCGGAAAACUUUUAUCCUGAAAUAAGAAAAUAUUUUCCCAAUCUGAAAGAUGGAUGUCUAGAACCUGGAUACUCAGGUAUUCGACCAAAGCUCUCUGGCCCAGGAAAGCCUCCCAAGGACUUUGUUAUUCAGGAUGAGGACAUCCAUGGUGUUCCUGGACUGGUUAAUUUGCUCGGAAUAGAGUCACCUGGCCUGACAUCCAGCUUGGCAAUUGCACAGUGCAUUGCAUCAAAGUAUUCAAAAUGAUUCUUCCCAGCUGCUUGCUGUCCGGUUGUCUAUUCUUUUCUUAGUCUCACCGGCUGCUGCUGCCUAGUUGCUCUUCCAUUCAUGUGAUUCAACUUAUAAUAUGCAUCAUAAAUGGGUCUAUUUCCAAAAAGAAGAUUGCAGUUAAUCAUGCUUUGAUCGACUUAGCCUUCCUCCCAAACAACAGAAGACCCACCCAUUUGGUGAUUAAGUUUGCUAAGAGAGAGGUAUGUAUCAUAAACGGAAUCUUCCACUGUUGUCAUGUUUGGGUACCAAGAUGAUGAUGUGCUUUGAUAAUGUGUAGUAAACUAUGAUUGGAGUAAUAUUUGGCUUGGAUAUUGCAGUCAAGAGCUUGGUUUAGUCCUUCUCCAAGAUUCCCAGAUACUAGUAAAGCAACUGAUGGAAUAGGGCAUGCGACUUGUAAUAUUAUUGUGUUGGUCAGGAAAUGCUUAUCAGUAAAUGAGAUGCCACCAACAUCGAAGAUUUAUCUCUAACAAGAUUGCAUUCACUCCGGCUUUAAUGGCUCAUCAAUCAGAAAAUUCCUAUCUGAUAAGCUUAUGGUGUUCACAAAAGUCAAUCAUGCUGACCGAAUGACUUCUUUCUCAGAUUCUUGUCAUUCAUUCCAAUCUAUGCCAUGUCAAUAAAAUGUAGUUGCUAUCCUAUUACAUUAGUGAUAUUGUAUGAAGUGAAAUGAAUAACAAGAACAUGGGAAAUGAUUUCUUUGUAA